AUGUGGAAGAAACUGUUAAGGUUAAGACACAUAGCGUAUCAGUUUGUUCAAAUAGAAAUCAGUAGUGGAGCUACAACAUCUUUUUGGCUAGAUAAUUGGUCUCUUUUGGAAAAACUGAUUGAGCUAACAGGAGAAGGAGGUUGCAUAGCUCUUGGUAUCUCACUGGACACCACAGUGGAGAAGGCGGUUCAGAUCUACAGAAACAGAUUACACAGAGUUCCUGUGUUUCGGCAGAUUGAGCAGGAGGUUAUUAAUCUGAGAAACAGAGGAAUGAAUAAUCUACAAGAUGUGUGUCUAUGGAAGAAGGAGAAUGGGGAUUUCAAGUCGGAGUUUGUUACUUCUCAAACUUGGAACCUCGUCAGAAGUCACUCCCCAAAGGUUACAUGGAGUAAAGGUAUCUGGUUCUCUGAAGCAACUCCGAAGUUUGCUUUUCUUGCAUGGCUUGCUACUCGUAACAGGUUAGCAACAGGAGAUAGAGUUCUUAAUUGGAAUCCUAUGGCUAUUACAACCUGCUGGCUUUGUAAAGAAGAGAUGAAAACGAGGAAUCACAUUUAUUUUGAGUGUGCUUACUCAAGAGAAGUGCGGAGCAAUGUGAUUGGUAACUUGAUGGGAGAUGUUUGCUUAUAUCAAUGGGACAGAGUGUUGAAAGCGAUGGUAGAUGGAAGGCGAGAGAAGCAUGUGACCUUCCUAUUAAGAUACAGUUUCCAAGCUAUAAUUCACAUGUUAUGGUUAGAAAGGAACACAAGAAGAGUUGGAGAGGCUAGUCAGCCGCCGGGUUGCAUAGUUGCUAGACUCGAUAAGCUAGUGAGAAACAGAGUAACAUCUCUAAGAAAAAGAGAUGGAGCAAAGUAUGAAAGGGCGAUGGAAGUAUGGUUUGGAAGAGGAAGAUAA